AUGGAUCAUGGAAGUUCCGGGAAAAACGUGGUACACUAGAUAGAUUGCUGAUUAAUCUUAGUAGAUAUCUUAGAACUUCAAAAUUUACGAAAAAACGCUAAGGGAUCACCACUGCUGGCAAUCGCCCAUCUCAGCUGGCCGACGACGCAAUUCGCAAUUUACCAAACAAUAUAAUAUAAUAGUGCAAUGUUUUCAAUUUUUGGGAAGCGCAAGCCCACGGAAACGCCCACAGAGGAUCAGCCCAUCCAGGGGCCGGCCGAUGGAUCUCGACCGGGAACCAGUGGCGAUGAUUUUGUGUUUAUUGAGCGAAAACCCGGACCGGAUGCUCCUCAGGUUCCUUCCUCCGCUACGAUGUAUCCACCCAUGCCUCCUGCGGGUUACCUACCCUACCCGCCUAUGCCAGGACAUAGAGGAGGACCAGGAGCAGGAGCGGUAAAGCUGCCGGGCGCCCAAGCACCCGUCAAUUACUUGCAGGACAUUCCCUUUGAGCUGGCACCCGAAUUGGUCUCCAAGGAUCGCUACGAUAGCACUCAAAUGCAGGUGGACAGCAUCCUGGCAUUUCUAACACGGCAAAUGUCUGUUGACGAACUGGCAGACGAGUAUACAUUCACUCUGGAGAGAUCCGUGCAGAACGAGUGUUACUAGCAUUAUCCCAUAAAUUCACUGGUUAUUAAAAUAAAAUGGUUGCUAUUUAAUUGUAA